UAUGAUGUGGUUUGUGAAGUUGAAACUAUGUUUCAAAAAGCUAUUCAGAAGGAUUCAAAGAAGAAGGCAAUAGAGGUACAGGAACUGUUAAAACUAAGGACAUUUGUUCUAAGAGUUGCAAAAAAAGAAGGUUGGAAAGUAGCAGCAAAGAUACCGAAACUAGCCCUUAGUGAAAAGGACAAAUUUAAGGAAUUAUUAACUGAAGCAAGGAAAUAG